AUGGAGACGUCCCCGGCGCCAGCCAACAUGACCAGGGUGCAGCAGUUCGUCCUCCUGGGCCUGUCCACCAGCCUGAGUGGCAGGGAAGCCCUCUUCACCUUCUUCCUGGCCCUCUACCUGCUCACCCUCCUGGAGAACACGCUCAUCAUCUACCUCAUCUGCAGUCACAGUGAGCUCCGCAAGCCCAUGUACUUCUUCCUGGGCAACCUCAGCAGCCUGGAGAUGUGCUACGUGUCGGUGACCAUGCCCACGCUGCUUGCAGGGCUGUGGACGGGGCCCUUCUAUGUCCCUUUCACAGCCUGCAUGACCCAGCUCUCCAUCUUCAUCUCCCUGAUCUGCACAGAGUGCACCCUCCUGGCCUCCAUGGCUUAUGACCGCUACGUGGCCAUCUGCCGCCCACUGCACUACCCGCUGCUCAUGCGGCCCCAGGUCUGCCUGGGCCUGGCCCUGUCCUCCUGGCUGGGUGGGCUGGUGGUCUCUGUGGCCAAGACCACAUGCAUCGCCAGCCUGUCCUACUGUGGCCCCAAUGUCCUCAACCACUUCUUCUGUGAUGUCUCCCCUCUGCUCAACCUGUCCUGCACCCACGUCGCCCUCACGGAGCUGGUGGACUUCAUCUCAGCCAUUGUCAUUCUCUGGGGUUGUUUUCUUGUGGCCAUGGCCUCCUAUGUGGCCAUUGGUAUGGCUGUGCUCUGCAUGCCCUCAGCUGCUGCCCGCCACAAAGCCUUCUCCACCUCCUUCUCCACCUGUGCCUCCCACCUGGUGGUGGUGGGCAUCUUCUACUCAGUCACUAUCUUCAUCUAUGCCCACCCCAGCCGCAUAGAAGCCAUGGACCUCAACAAGGUGCUGUCGGUCAUCUACACGGUGGUCACACCCAUGUGCAACCCGUUCAUCUACUGCCUGCGGAACAGGGAGGUCCAGGCGGCUUUCAGAAGAACCCUGCAGUGGUCCUGAGCUUGACCAGCUUAGCUGACUGAGGCUCAGUGGUUUUUAGUAUGUGCACAAAGUGGCACAGUCAUCAUCUUUAUCCACUUCCAGAGCAAUUUCAUUAUUCCCAAGAGAGAUCUGUACA